AUGAGAGCAAGAACUGAUCAAGUAUUUGGAGAGUUCUUAUUGCGCGUGGGGAAUGGAGAGGAACCCACAAUAGAUGAGAAUUUGAUACUUCUUCCACAUGAAAUGGUAAUAGAAUAUGACAAUGAUGAAAACUCUAAAAAAUUUUUGAUUGAUGCUAUCUUUCCAUCAUUACAAGCAAAUUCAUCAUCUGCUGAAUACAUGACACAACGUGCUAUUCUUUCAACAAGAAAUGAGUAUGUUGAUGGACUUAAUGAAAAAUUAAUUGCAUUAUUUCCUGGUGAAGCUAAAACAUUCUUUAGCUUUGAUGAAGCAGUAGAUGACACAAAUAAUUAUUACCAAGAAGAGUUCUUGAACACCUUAAUGCCGAAUGGACUCCCGCCUAACAAAUUGAUUCUUAAAAGAAAUUGUCCGAUCAUGCUGUUACGUAAUCUUGAUCCAUCUAAUGGAAUGUGCAAUGAUAAGAGGAGGGUUUGGGAGAAGUUGCUCGGGGCUAGGGUUGUGUAUUUGGGGGAGGCAGAGCUGGUGCCGGAUAAGGAUGAUAGGGAGCUGGAGCUGGAGAUUGUUAGGAGUCUGAGGGGUAAGUGUUUGGAGAAGGAGAGGCCGGUUUCGCUGGCGAUGGAGGCGUUUCCUUGUAAUUUGCAGGAGCAGCUUGAUCAGUUCGUGGAUGGAAGAAUUGAUGGUGGAACCUUAAGGUCCUAUACCUCUCACUGGCCAGCUCAGCGUUGGCAAGAAUAUGAACCUCUAUUGAAUUACUGUCGUGAUAAUGGAGUCAAGCUUGUUGCCUGUGGCACUCCACUUGAGGUUUUAAGAACUGUUCAAGCUGAAGGAAUCCGAGGACUACCAAAGGCACAAAGGAAACUGUAUGCUCCUCCUGCUGGUUCAGGCUUCAUCUCUGGCUUCUCUUCUACAUCUGGAAGAUCGUUAAUUGACAAGAUUACUUCAAAUCAGUCUGUUCCUUUUGGUCCUAGUUCGUACCUAUCUGCUCAGGCAAGAGUUGUCGAUGAUUACACAAUGUCCCAGAUUAUCAUACGAGCAAUAUCAGAUGGAGGUUCUGCAGGCAUGCUUAUUGUUGUAACAGGUGCAAGCCAUGUCAUUUAUGGAUCAAGAGGAACUGGAAUUCCAGCUAGGAUUUCAAAGAAAUUGCAAAAGAAAAAUCAAGCUGUCAUAUUGCUGGACCCUGAAAGACAAGACAUACGUAGAGAAGGAGAAAUUCCUGCAGCUGAUUUUCUGUGGUAUUCCGCUGCUAAACCUUGUACUAGGAAUUGCUUUGAUCGUGCUGAAAUUGCUCGAGUAAUGAAUGCAGCCGGUCGCAGGCGAGAUGCAUUACCCCAGGAUCUUCAAAAAGGACUGGAUCUUGGUCUUGUUUCACCUGAGACUCUCCAGAACUUUUUUGACCUUGAGCAGUAUCCUGUUAUUGCAGAACUAAUACACAGAUUUCAGGGUUUCCGAGAAAGGUUACUGGCAGAUCCCAAAUUUUUGCAUAGGCUAGCUAUAGAAGAAGGUAUAUCAAUAACAACGACCCUUUUGGCACAAUAUGAACGGCGUAAAGGUCGAUUUUUUGAAGAAAUAGAUUAUGUUCUAACUGAUACCAUCAGAGGCUCAGUUGUUGAUUUCUUUACCGUGUGGCUUCCUGCUCCAACUCUUUCAUUCCUUUCUCAGGCUGACAGCAGUUCUACCCCUGAGAAUUUGGAAUUACUGAAAGGUCUUCUAGGAUACUUUCCAGAUAAUGCCUUCCAGAAAAAUGCUGUUGGAACAAUCUGGAGUACAAAUCAGAGGAUUGCCGCAGUGCUUAUUGGUGGACUGAAACUUGCUGGGGUAGGAUUUAUCUCUAGCAUUGGGGCUGGAUCUAUUUCACAUAUCCUAUAUGCUAUUCGUCGAGCUUUUGGAACUGAUUUAAGUUCAGAUAAAAACCCACGAAGAACUCCCGUACUUAAAUCAGCAGUUGUUUAUGGCUACUUUCUUGGAACAUCAGCAAAUCUCCGGUACCAGAUUAUUGCUGGACUGUUGGAGCACAGACUUUCAGACUAUAUAUUAGCUUAUUAUAAUCAACCGCAACUGGUGAAUGCACUUUCUUUCGUCGUUCGCACAAUCAACUCAUACUGGGGAACACAGCAAUGGGUAGAUCUUGCACGAUCUACGGGAUUACAGCCAAAGAAGAGCGAAACAGUCGAGAUGCAGGUUGCUAAUUCCCCUGACAUUCCCCUGUUGGAGUGCAAUUCUACAGAAGUAAAUAAUGUAGACGAAAACAAGAGUAAAUCAGGAGACAGUUCUACUUAAUAUAGAUACUUAUGAUGGAUCUUAUAAUCUGUAUUCUCUGGAGUUUAUGCACCAGAGGGAGCUUAGCCAAAGGAGUUCAAAAUCAUCGGAGUGAAGAGAUGAGCCGAAAUUAAAUUGGGAUGAUCUGGUAAAAAUUUUGAGUGGAGGACGUGCACACAUUUUGUUCUUCAGAUUUCACUAUACCUGUCUGAUUAUAUAGAUAUUCACACAAUGAUAAAGAAAGAGAUUAUUACACGAUAAAGACAGCACAAUCUUAUUAUUGUAAAGAAAGGCGAUGCUGUAUCCAGUUUUGCUCUGCAGUGACAACAUUAAUUUUCAAAUGUAAUCUUUUAACAAGCUAAAAGAGGCAGGUUCUUAUUUGAUUCCCUCCCUCCUUUUUUCCCC